AUGUUAAUCCCGAUGUGCAACAGCACCCACGAGCGCCUUCAAGCACGCUUUAUCCACGCCAAAAAGGCAAGGCAGCUCACUGACGCCGAUAGGGCGCGUGCGGAAGCGUACUGCGAUGCAAUAGGCAAAGCUUUGCGAGAUGUCCCUGAACAUGACCUUGAACGUUUCGAAGCAGCUUUCGAGGAGGUUGCAAAAGCCCACCCACUCGAAGAUUCUGUUCGCGAAGCCUAUGCCGCAGAGAUCUUGAAUAAAAUGGCCGAUCCACUACUCUUGCUUCAUAAUUGCGAGUUCCUUGACCCCAAUGCGCCUUGGUUAGCAGUAAUGGACGACCAAUCACAGUUUGAUAGCGCAUCCCCUGAUCAGGUCCGCCACCAUUUUAGCAAAUGGGCCAUGGAUGAAUUGAGACGUAACUGGAACAAGGCACAUGAUAUUCCGGAAGACGGCAUCAUCGGGACUACGGGAGGAAGGGAUUACUUAUAUCAAGCGGGCCCGCGAUAUAACUUUUGUUUAUUGGUCGAUGAUGCAAGCCAUGACGUUGACUCACAGUCAAAGGGCAACUCCGGCGCCACCGAGAUUCCAGCCCAACCACUCAUAGCUGCUCGCAAUCGCAACCAUUACCGGAUUAGGAAAGGGAAACACGGGGAGGAUCAGCCCACUGGCCCUUUGAGAUCCAUUGCAAUCCGAUCCGUCCACGUGGCGGCCCGGGCAGCCAAAUCGAGGGGCGAGACAAUGAACUUAUAA